AUGGGGUGGACACCGUUGCACGUUGCUGCAUUCCAUGGACAGGUGGCCUGCAUCAACUUGAUGCUCCAAUCCACGGCAGAUGUGAAUGCCAAGGAGAAGCACGGUUGCACUCCACUGAUGUUUGCAGCAUCAUCUCCAAAGUUGUACCUUGUUGACUUGGUUUCAAAGAAAGAUCGGGCGAGAAGGUUGAAGGCACGUCAAGAUGCUCUAAAGGCACUGCGAGAACAGGAAGACGACCGACUAGAUGCUGACCUUGCAGCUGGUCUUGGCAAAGAGAUGGGCGCUGGAAGUGUUUCAACUACAGCACCCAAUGUAGUUUGGAAGUUUUAUCCGAAUCGCAUUGAAAUCUUGGUUCUGAAUGCCUUGAUCUCUUCACCGAAGAUCAAGGUGGAUGCUUUUGACAAUCGUCGCCAGACUGCCCUGCUGUAUGCUGCACGCUUUGGGCGCACAUUUGCUGUGAGCCGCCUGCUGGAUGCUCGAGCCAACAUUGGAUUCGCUGAUCGGGAAGGGCAAGUUCCGUUGUUCGCAGCAGCAUGCAAUGAACAUUUGGACACAGUUGACCUACUUCUUCGAGCUGGGGCCAACAUCAACGCAACUGAUCAGUACUUCCGAACACCCCUUCAUGGAUCGCUGGAAUGCGGUGAUGAGAGUAUGUCGAAUCUUCUUCUCAAAGCAGGUGCCAGUGUGAAUGCGUACGACUGCGAAGGUCGUACACCCAUCAUGCUUGCCAUGGACAGGGGCAACCGUCGUUUGUUCCAAAAGAUUGUGGAGAAGAAAUCAAAUCUUGAUGUGCUGGACAAAAGAGGUUGGAAUGUUGUCAUCUAUGCCAUCGAGACACAGAUGUUGUCAGACGUUUAUCCAUUGUUGAUGAAGCUGAACAAGAAUGCAGCGAUCAUUUUGCGAGCUCGAGACCCUCAGGGCCUCAAUGCCUUGCAUCAUGCAACGCAGCUGGCGAGUGCGGAACUCUCGACGAAAUGCGUGCAGCAACUCACGAACUUGGAUUUUGAGGCUGCAACGAUCGGUGACUGCAAUGGCGACACUGCAAUUCACUCUGCAGCCGAGCGAGGGCGCUUGGAGGUACUUCGCAUCUUCAUUGAGAGGCUUCCAUCCUUGGACUUUUUGAACAAUCGUGGAGAAACACCCUUGCACUAUGCAGCGCGUGGAGGUCACAUGGCCUGUGUGGUUGCACUGCUCCACGACGCUGGGGGACGGCAAGCAUCUUGCGACGCGGGCGCCGUUGAUUCGCAUGGCUGGAACCUAUUGAUGCAUGCAUGUGUCUCGGGGCACUUGGAUUUAGUGAACCUCCUACUUCAGAACCGAGAGGGCCAACAUCCAGAUUUGGCCUUUGCACCCCUUGAUGUGAAUCAUGGGGACACCGGAGGGGUCAAUGCGCUGUGUGUGGCUGCCAGAGAGGGGCAUUGGCAGCUGCUGCCAUCCCUGGUACUGUCUGGGUCAAAUACGAGUGCCAAGGAUCGUGAUGGUUUCACCGCAGUGCACUGGGCAGCCAUGGAGGAUGAAGCCCUUACCAUGAAGUGCCUGCUCGACCUGGGCCUCGAUGCCAAUGCCAAGGACUUCAAGGGCUGGACUCCUUUGAUGCAUGCCUGUGCGCGCGGAGCUGACGAAGUGGUCCGCGUGCUUGUGGACUUUUCUGCAGAGAUCGAUGCACGGAAUUGGGAUGGUGACACGGCACUACAAAUCACCCAGCGGCGCCGUGACCCAGCUGAUGUUGUAGCAGUCACGAAGGACAUUCUUUUGGACGGAAUCAUGACCUCAGAUGAACCAGCCAAGGGUGGUGCCGUGAAGGCCCAUGGUCACAUGAUGGUCUCUGUCCUUGAGGCCACGGAUUUGUACCUCGAAGGGAAGACAGGAUUUGUGAAUGCCUAUGUGAACCUUCAACUGCGUACACAAUCUGGAGCUAGACCUCAGGCAGCAUUCACCUCCUGUGUGCUUCAGAACUCAUCACCUGAGUGGCAUGAAGUCUUUCGCUUUGAUACCAGCCACUUGGACCCCAGCGCUGUUUUGGUCGCUUGGGUGGUGGCAGCUCCGGGUGAGAACACCAAAGAGGUCAUGGAUGGAGCCGCUCUAGGCUUGGAUGAGGAAGAGCUGCAAAACCUCUCUCACAUGGAAGCGGUUACAGGGAAGACCUUGCACCAAAACAAGCCACAGUUCACCUCGGCCUUACAGGAGUCGUUUCAGCGGCUGAUGAAGCGAUCGGAUCGUGAAGAAGAUGCAGAGGUGCUGAGGCUCCGGAAGUUGGCCAUGGCUCAACUCACAGACACCAUGCCAACAGAAGACUUGAAGUUCUCCCAGGCCCAAGUGAAGGGUGAGGAUGGAUUGGCCUUGACUGAAAGGAGAUGGAACGAGGUGUCCAACCUCCGGGAGGUUCUGGCAAGAAGUGGAUGUGAUGUGCCAGAGCCACUGGUGCCACGGACACAUCUACCGCUUGGUUGUGUAGUUGUGCGCUACCGACAUUUGCGACAAGCUGUUUGGGGUAGCGAGCCUGUAACGGUAGUUCGGACGCUGCGGCUUAGUUGUCGUGGAAGUCUACGGGUGCAGAUCGAUUUCCGACCAAGAUUCUUCGAGUGCAAGGAGGAGGAACGAGCAAAGAUGCUUUCACCUGAAGAGGAAGAUGAGUUGUAUCGGGUGACUGCUGGAACGGAAGAGGAUGAACAAAGAGAGGCUUUGAUGUUCCAAGAACAGAUCGAAAAGAAGAAGGCUGAUGCAGAGCGGCUCAGCAUCGACAUCAUGGGGAAAAUGAAGGCCAGGCAACAAAUCCUCAGUGCAGAUGAGGCCAUUGAACGUGCCAAGAGGAUUCGACACAUGCGAGAUCCCGAGGUCCUCUUGAGAAGAUUUCAGCAAGUUUCAAAUUGGUCCAAUCAUGCCGGCAUCUUACUUGCUUCACCUCGAAAUGCAGAAGUCGAGCGUGCUCGUCAGGCAGCACGACAAGCAGAGUUGCUUGCCAGUGAAGCCAAGAAAGGGGACAUUGAGGAGAAACACAAAGCAGCUCCUGGCCUCUCCUCGAAGCUGAAGACUUAUGUUCGAACCAGAUACAAGGCCUGGAGUGAAGAGAGAGCAUUCAAAGAAGCUGCGCUGGACAAACCAAUUGGCUCAGUUGACCCACAAGAGCUCAUGAAAUCGAAGGCAGUCCCAGGUGUACCCAUGCCGAAGAAAGUUCCACCACCCACCAUUCCAAGACUCAAGGCAGAGCGUUGGGUGGAGGAGUUUCUGGAAGGAUCACGAAUGAUUUAA